AUGGUACCGGAAUUGACCAUCAUUCCCGGCAUCGGUUUGUGGCAUGUGCAUGGACAUCAAGACAACUGCUAUGUCCGAUAUGCGUUGAAUUUCAUUGAAGGCAUUGGCUGGAUAGAUGGAGAGAUCAUGGAGACUCUCUGGGCAUGUCUCAACCUAAUUUCCCCCACUGCUCGAGGAAUGUUGUCCCCUCAUCAACAGGAAUGUCUCAAUUUUCAGAUGAACGAUUCCAACUUCUGCAAGAUGAUCCGCAUAAAAAGGACCCUUUGCCAUAAAUACAAGCAGGCAAAAAAUUGCAUCACCGAAAGUGAAAAGGCUUUCGACAGACUCGAUGAAGCAGCACCCGCCAAUUUGAAGACAGAAUGGUUGGCCAACGAGAUGAUCGCUCAAUCCAGCAGAAUAAAUGAUCCUGCGGCGAUGGAUGUUUACGAGAUAAAUAUCAAGAAGGCACUGAGCAAAAAGGAGAUCGAACUUAGACUGCUAGAGCAGGGUAAUGCCCGUAAUGCAGCACCAUCUCGGAGAUCUGUGGCGACAUGGAUAUCUAUGGGGUUGGCAAUCGAGGAGGCUCAAAUUGCAUUGCUCAUUGAGGUCCGAAGAAUCGGAAAACAAACUAUGGAGACACAGAGAUUAGACCUCGCCUGGCAACGAGAUUGUCUCCAAGGCCAGAUAGAUGGAUUCACGCAUUCUGCUGUCACGCAUCUCGGAGAGGGAUUCGAUGGAGAUGACAAUCAUGAUGACUUGACCAUAGACAUCCUAGAUAAUCUCGAUAAUGACCCAGAAGAUUUUACCGAGACAUCUGAUACAUGGAAGAACUCGCCCGAGCUCAUUGUGAUCCCAUUGCCAUCAAACCUCGGGGUAGAUCGAUACAGACGCUUGAUGGCAGAGGAUCUCAUUCCGCUGGAGAUGUCCCUUCACGAAGGGCAGGCAAAUGAUGCACUUCACAACCUCCGCAUUCACUUGUGCAACAAGGCAGUCCUAUUCUGA